UUCGAAUGUGUGUGGCAGGAAGCUGAACACUCCUUGUUUAUGGAGGGCUAUUACGUGGCGUAAUGGAGUGGAUGAGGUGGAAGCGAUAUUAUUAUGUGAGGAAAACAAUUAAUGGGCGUAUGAAAAAAAAUUGUGUGAAAAAUUGCUCAUACGGUGGUGAGUUCGCAGAGCUCCACGUCUGGGCUUCGGCGAAGGGGACAAGCCGAGAUGCAUCCAUCGCUUAUGCCAUUUCAUUUUGUCGUUUCUACUUUGCCUGCUUCGGUGCGAUUGUGUGUUGGGGUGUGUGCUGCCUCGAUUAGGGUUUUUGAAGAUCGGGAGAAUUGAGACGUGAAGAGAAAAGGGCUGGGUGGGAUUUAGCGGGUUGUGAGAGGGUGAAGAUGUUGCCGCCUCAGGAGAAGGUAGUGAAUGGGACCAGCCAGGUUGCAGCUCAUGGGGAAGCGCCGCUCGUGCAGGAAGCUGCGUCAGCUGCUGAGCGCGCAGCCGGGUGGAAGACCCCUCCCUCACGGAUGCAGGAGAUUUUGUGGAGUGGAAGCAAGCGUCAUGUGUUCUUAGGCAUGUUGGGCAUCAGCGCCAUCGCCGCCAUUCCGUGGUUGCUUCUCACCUCAGGUACGAAGCAUGAUUCACAUGCUGACUACAUGGAUAGGGCUGAAGGAGCACGUCGGUCGCGAUUGUCCAAUGCACAGGCUGCGGUAGCCCCUCCCACGUCAUCUUAAUCUUGUUUGCUCAAGUACUUAGGAAUGGUGCUUGGACACCGUACAAGCUAGCUUUUACUCUACAGCAUAUUGUGCAAAUCGUUGGGUAAGCAAUGCAACAAUUUUUCCUUGGAGAAGCCCGUUUAGGUUUAGUUGCGAUAGAUUCUUAGAAAGUGUUGCACAGAAGUGGAACCUUCUGCGGUUGCAGAUCAACUGUGAAUGUUAUGAAUUAUCAGAUAUCAUUAAUGCACAGAAUAUGUGUAGCUUAAGGUGGGGAAAAGUUACACUUCCUUGUGACUAUC